AUGGCUGCGCCCUGUGGCUCGGAGCGGCCCGCCAACUCGCCGCUUAAAAUCCCAAAGAUGGAGGUGCUCUCCCCGGCCUCUCCCGGUGGCCUGAGCGACGGGAACCCUUCGCUGUCCGACCCUUCCACGCCUCGGGGCGCCUCCCCGCUCGGGCCGGGCAGUGCGGCAGGCUCGGGGGCAGCGGCGUCCGGGGGUCUCGGGCUGGGGGGCCGCAGCGCCGCCUCGUCCUGGGGCGCCCCCGCGGCCGCCUGCCGCGGCAUGUCGUGGACGCCGGCCGAGACCAACGCGCUCAUCGCCGUGUGGGGCAACGAGCGGCUGGUGGAGGCGCGGUACCAGCAGCUGGAGGGAGCCGGCACGGUAUUCGGCAGCAAGGCCCCCGGGCCGGCCAUGUACGAGCGCGUGUCCCGGGCCCUGGCCGAGCUGGGCUACGAGCGGACCCCGUCCCAGUGCCGGGAGCGCAUCAAGCUGGUUCGAUGCCCAGAACUGAAUGCUGUGCUCCAGCUGUGGCCUCACCGGUGCUGAAUAGAGAGGAAGAGCCACCUUCAUAGCUUAC